GGGAUGGCAGAAGAAGCUCUCUCAACAGCAGCUGGCUACGUUCCCCUGGGAUCCGAAGCCAGACGCCCCUGCUCCUCCGCCCCCGGCUCCUGUUGUUGCUGUUGCACCGGCCCCUGAGCCUAUUCCCCAAGUUAACGGCUCUUCAUUUAUCCAGGAACAUGUUCCUCAAAUUCAGCAACCUCAAGGUCUCACCAUGCCUAUGGCUGGUGGUCAGCCUUCGCAUGGUCCUGGGGUCAAACCCGAACCUAGCGUUAAGACAGAGCCUGGCCUUGACAAUGGAUCUAUGAUGACCCAGCAAAGUGGCCCCGCCGUUGUACAAGAGCGGGUAUCUCAACAGCUCCAGUCCAUGUAUGGCGACCGCGCAGCAGCUUCCAUCAACAAAUUAAGAGAGCAGUCAUUUCCUCAGAACCAACAGAGGCCCGGUAACCAACCUAUCCCACCCAACUAUCAGGGCCAAUAUCAGCAGGGUCACCCUCAACAGCAGUACCGACCUGGCAUGCCCCCUAAUCCACAGCAGCAGCAGCAGCAGCAGCGCAUGACCAUGCCGAAUGGACAGAGACCUCCGCCCUCUCAGCUGGAUGGCGCAGAUGAUGCCGAAUCUCAUGUCGGUGUUGUCAUGCGUCGUACCUCUGCUGGUGAAAAUGUGGAAAUGGGACGAGUUCAGAUUGACAACUUGCUCCAUGCCCAGAUCGCGGCCAAGGCUAAGGCUAUGGAAGGUGGUGGUCUGAUGCUACCCCUUAAACGUAAAGGCAAAGAUCAAGCUCUCUCACAACAUAGUAUACCCCUGCCUGGAGGUAUCUCCCAGUUUGACGGCACGGAUGAUGGCGUGAAAGACGAAGCAUCCGAUGACGCGGACGCUAUCAAUUCAGACCUCGACGAUCCCGACGACAAUAUUGAAGAUGAUGACGAGGACGAGGAUGGCGGCCAGAUCAUGCUCUGCAUGUAUGACAAGGUCCAGCGAGUCAAGAACAAGUGGUAAGUUUCCCUUAUCUCGAGAUAUAAAUCCCAUUGUAGUCGCUCACAACAGAAUAGGAAGUGUGUUCUCAAGGAUGGCGUUUUGAGUGUGAACGGCAAGGAUUACGUAUUCCACAAAGCGACGGGCGAGUAUGAAUGGUGAUUGCGAACCGGAACUUACGCCACCAUGCUGGCACGAUUUUGUACAAGACCUGCUUUCGUUUCUUUUUUUUGUUCUCGGCGCGUAUUUGAUUAAAUCCAACCGCGUCAACAUUCACCUUUCUGCAUUUCGUCCUCUCACCCCUGACAAGAAGCAUCUGGGCAAUGAUUACAAAUAGAGGAUAAAAAGUUGCCUUGCUCGAUAUUAAUAAGGUAGAACUCCAGUGAGCUUCACUGAAUGCAAGUUUGCGUAGGGAGGCAUGAUUCGUUAAGGGAUAUUCGCAUUGCUUUUUU